AGGAAGUGAAAUAUUUACAGUGUUACAGUAAUAACUAUCUGCUCAUGCUGAUACACACAGGUGUCUGCACUUGCUCAUUUCAAUACUACAUUCCUUGGCCUCUGCCUUAUCGGGUUCUUGGUUCUGGACAUCUUAUCAACUUGACGUUUGCGAGACAACACAAGGGACAAAGUACAAGCAAUGGGUGGACUAUUAAUAGAAAUAAAAUGAAAAUGAAGAAAAGGCUUGGAGUUAUGACCAGAACAGCUAGCAUGUUACUGUGAAGACUAUUCAACAUAGAAAAAGAAAAACAGACUUUGCUAUUAUAAAAAUGGAAACCAGAGGUUUUUAUGACUUAUUAAUACUUCACGGACCUGAUGCAAGUGAGUGGUGCCAAUAUCUUGUCAGUCUAUUUGAAAGAAAUCAUCAAGUUAAAGAUUUUGCUAUCCAGACAUAUGAACUCAAGUAUGAACCUAUACCAAAUAAACAGCUGGAAAUGUUGCAGAGGAGUAAAUGCAUUCUCAUCCUUUUGUCUGGAGAUCUAGAAGGCAAUUUUGACUAUCCAGAAGUUUUGGAUAGCUUGAGGACAAUUUUGAGGCCACCUAACAAGGUGAUUGUCUUAUUUUGUGGAGUAAUAGAGAAAGAGGACUUCACGAAUGUCUUUCAAGACUGGCUACAAUGGAAACAGUUGUCUUCUGAAGAUGACCCUGAACUCUACAUUACUGCCGUUAAGGAUAUUGUCUUAGAAGAUUCCGGCUGUGAUUCUGUCACUGAUACAGACCCUGAAUGUGAUGAAGUGCGGUUCCACCAUACUGGGAUUACUUAUGAAAACCUCUUGUCUAUACAGCCAGAAAGGAUUCGCUGCGGGGUGAAAACACAAAUAUAUCUAAUUUUUAAGUGCAAACUUGAUAGUCAGAUUAAAAAUACAGUUUAUUUUAACCCUUUGACUGGUCCCUCUGUAAGUUUACCUGCCAGUUUGCAAAAUGAAUACAUUUUAUCCGUGGAUUCUCCAGACUUGCCAUCUGGACUGGUAUUUUUAAAUGUCUUUUCUGGCGAUUUAGUAAUGUGUGAAGCCAAAAUCACUUAUUUCACCGACAUGGAAGAAAUCUGCCACUUACUUGAUAGUGCCACUAAUCCUGUUGAAUUCAUGUGUCAGGCUUUUAAAAUAAUGCCCUACAACAGAGAGACACUUGACAAAUUAUUGACUGAAUCGCUAAGGAAAAACAUUCCCGCCAGCGGUCUACACCUCUUUGGAAUAAAUCAGAUAGAAGAGGAGAAUUUAAGUGCAAACCAGCGAGAUGAAGAAUUGCCAACCCUUCUGCAUUUUUCUUCAAAAUAUGGACUUAAAAAUCUAACAGCCCUUCUUCUCACCUGCCCUGGAGCCUUACAAGCCUAUAGUGUGUCCAAUAAGCAUGGAGACUUUCCAAAUAACAUAGCAGAAAAAUAUGGCUUUAAAGAUUUGCGACAAUUUAUUGAUGACUAUGUGGAAACUGCUGACAUGCUAAAAACUCACAUUAAGGAAGAACUAAUGAAUCAAGAUGCAGAUAGUGAUUCUCCAUAUGAGUCCAUGGCAAACCUGCAAACAGAUCUUCUGAUGAAGUGUUCCCUGCACCCUGGUUCUGAUGAGGAUUUGUAUGAGACUAUGGUUGGCUUGGUGGAUCAGUAUACUACUGAAGACACAUAUGUUGAUAUGAUGCGAGCUAAAGGUCCAUCAGUGGAACCGCAUGUUCUAACUUCAAAUGAAUCAGUGCUACGGAAAAUCCUACAGGGAAGUGGAUUGGACAGUAAUGAUGAUGAUGAUGACAGCAGUAAAGAAGAUCCAUACCACCUAUGUUCUGAUAAACUUUAUGACACAGUUUGUGAUGGCACACUACACACAUCAGUAGCAAUGAGUCGGCCUCCUGUACCUGUUCCAAGAACAGAUGAACCAAUAGAUACGCAACCUUACAUCUCACAGGGUGAGAUCAUACUGAAAUUGUAUAGCUAUGUGGGAACAGCAUUCAGUUCUUGUCAAAAUGAUUAUCUUUUUCUAGGAGCAAGUAUCAGGAUAAGGAGAGACCGGCAGCAAUCAAGUGACUAUGACCCAUUUGUUGGCAUGAAAACCCCUGGCCAGCGGGAAUUAAUUACAUUACAAGAGCGUGUCAAACUAAGAAUCAUCAGUGUGGAUGAGGCUGUCCUUGAGUUUAAAGAAUGGCAAUUAAAUCAGAAGAAAAGAUCUGACUCAUUUAGGUACCAACAGGAAAACCUAAAAAAAUUACGAGACAGUAUAAACCGAAGACGAAAUGAAAAUAAAAACAUAAAAAAAACAGCAGAUUUAGAGAUCACUAAGCCCAUUCCACGUGGUCAAAAUUUGGAAGUGAAGCCUCAGUAUGGCAUUUAUGAGUCAGCUAACUUAGUUCCUGGGAAAAAAGAUAUAAAACGGGGAAACUGGAAGACAGACAGCAGCUCUAGCACUGCAAGCAGUGGCAGUAACCGAUCCAGUACUAGAAGCACGCUGAGUCUGAGUAGCGGGGUUGAAGGAGAUAAUGAGGAUAAUGAAAUACCAGAGCACCCUCAACGAUACAAACCUAGACAUUCCCUGCCGAAAGAAAGGCCCCCACCAAGGCCACCACGGCCUCCAAAGGUAGAAAACCGAAGCUCCAGAAGAUCUCAAUCCACUUCUGGCAAUUGGAUUGCACCUCCAGUGCCACCUAGGGGCCGAUAAUAUGUAUUGCUGUUGGUGGCACAGUAAAUAUAUGUUUUAAAAUAAUGAAUGUACAAUGGAUAGAAAGACACGUCUGUUUCACAUGCUUAAACCUGUGUUAGAAGAUGAAAGUAUGACGCCAUUUUGAUGUUGUUUGCCGGACAUCAGUGAUUAACUUUCUGAGCUGAGUUUGAGGAUAUUUCUGAAGCUAUCACCUUCCUUCUUCUAUUCUAGUGAUAUCAAUAAAGCCACCAGCCUGGAAGCAAUUCAAUUCACUUAAGCAUCAAGGACCAUUAUCCAACUGUUCUUAAAAAUAAAUCAACAACUGCCACGCUUUUAUCACUGACCCUUUGUUAUAAUGUGAUAGGUAUGUUACAGUACUUAAAACAAAGUUUCCUGGUCAAUGGUUUUUUAAAACUGAUAAAUGGAUUCAAAGGGGGGUAUCCUAUUAGCCGCGAUAACGUGAUCCACAAUCACGACUAAUGUUAUCGCACCUAUCUCCCAAAAAAUCGGGUUAUCACACCCUACGAACUCCCAUUUAUUGCACCUAAUGUAUUCCAAAACGGCGAUAACGGGAUUCGCUCAAUUAUUCUAGCUGUCAAAAGCGGUGAUAAGGAUAGGAAAAAAUGAGGAAGACUGCCUGUACCCCCCCAAAAAGCAAAACUAAUAUAGGAAAACACUAUAGAAUUCUAUUAUUGGUUUUAAUAAAAGUAUUUGGUGUAAUUAACUUAAGUCAAAUGGCUGUCAUAUGCAUUUUUUUAUUAGAUGUUAAAAAAUGAUUGAAAGCUAUUUUUUUUUCCAGCAAAAUAAGUGCUCUCAUUAGUUUUGGGUUACAUAACAAUGGGUAUAAGUAUAUACAGUAUUUGGGUAAUUUUAAGGGUCUUUUUUUAAAAAAGUGGAAAAUUACAAAAAUGAUGUCAUUAUGAGAUAAUUAAAAAUAAUUUAAAACUUCUAAGUGCUUAAUUUAGUAAUUCAGGGGUGUCCAAGGGGUUCUAAACCAAACCCAGACAUUUUUAGCUCAAAAGCUGGUGAAGAGAAAUCUGCAAUAAGCCCUAUGGAAACUUAUCGCCGAUAACUUAUCUCCAGUAAUAGGAUACCGAAUUAUCAAGAAACCGCGAUAUCACUGCUAAUAGAAUACCCCCAAAAGUCUAUCUUGUACUUCUUCUGAGUAAUACCAAAGUGUUUAUUAGGUGGAGCAGUUGAGUAAUUGUGGAUCCAGUGAGGGCUACCAGAAAGGACAAAGUAUACUUUGGUGUUUUUUGUUAUAUUUAUUUGUUUGUUGUUUUUGUUGUUUUUAUUUGUUUUCUCUUCAGUAAUUCUAUUAUGCAUUCAUGAAGCACCCUUCAAACUGCAGAACCACUUUCCAUUAAAAGUCAUAGAUAUGUUGUGGUAAAAGUUGAAUGAUGACAAUUUUGUGCCAUGGUAAUCCAAUAUAUUUUUCUAAAUCAGUUACCUUUUCUAUAUGACUAUGUAAAAUAAUAUAUGCCUAUACUGCAUUUUGUCAUUAUAAUUCAUUUUAAAACCACUAAUACAAGUGAUGUAAAUUGUUGCACUAUACAUGUUCUCAACUUUAAAAUGGAUUUUGUUUUUUUGUUUUUGUUUUUUAAAUAAAAAAGUGUAAUUUCGUGUUUCACUAA